GGGGUCUGUGUGUAGGACGGAGUAUUUGGGGGAGUGUCAGAGGAGGGGAUUUGGGGGAUGCUGGAAGGAGCUGCAUGGAGCUUCUCCCCCCUAGCCCAGAUGCCUGCAUCUCCUACCCUAGAGCCCAGCUGCAGGCUACGUUCUGUGCAGCUUCAUUACUGUCUCACCAGGCAGAGACUAUCCAUACCUGCUGAUAGGGAGUGGGUGCAUAAUUUAAAGUUUCAUCUAUUCCAGGAACAGCUCAAGUGACAUGCAUCCCUCCGCCCCCUCCCUCCUCGAGCAGAUCCCCCUUUGACCCUCAGUCUCCCCUCCUGGAAAGCAGCAGCCCCUCCCUGCAGCUCGUAGCUAUUGUUCCUGCCUUUUUCCAUGAGGCACAGCUUGCCAUCUCUGGAAGCUGCUGUGCAAAGAGGCCUGGCUACACCAUGUGAGUGAGCAGGGCCAGCAAACCCUCUUGUGCAGGCACACUGCAAGUUGGGGGAGCCAGGCUCUGCUGGGUCCAGCGUCCCUAGUGGUGACCAGCAGCUAUGCAGCACCAAAUUUUGGAAGGAAAAAAUGUAAUUCUGCUUAUAACAUUAAUUCUGCACAAAUACUGCAUUAUGCAGUGGCACAGAAUUUUCUCAGGAGUAAUUGUAUGUAGUACCUCCUUUAGUAGGGUGGGGGAAUGCUAAUGUACUUCCUUCUUUAUGUUUCUUUAAUGUUUUUCUCUGUAAUGCUUUUUUCCUUAAGAAUGAAAUAGGCUUGCAUAGAAAGAACUAUGUGAUACUUAUAACUUUAGCAAUUAUACCUGCUCAGCAUCUCUGAAGAGAAAGCAAGCAGGUAUCCUUAGGCAAUCUUUUUGUACUGGGAAUGACCCAUUGAAUAACUGUGCAGCCUGGAAAUACCCUGGUCAGAAGGGAGAGAGAUGCUGGUCUACACCCAAGGGAGGUGAUGGCCAGAGGAGCUGGAACCCUGAGGGAACUUCAGUGGAAAAAUAUAUUGCAUUUGGAGUUGUGAUAACCUUAUUGUAGUCUGAAUGAUGCUGGGUAUUGGGGAAGGUUGAUGGUACCCCUUUUUGAUAACAUGCCUAAUAAGCUACUGGGUAAUGAUGAAGAAGCCCAGCCCAGCCUAUUCAUUUGGGUUUGAGAGAUUUGAAGUACUAGCAGUAUUUGCUUCCACAGUUCUGGCACAACUUGGAGCUCUUUUCAUACUAAAAGAAAGUACAGAACGGUUUCUGGAACAACCUGAGAUACACACGGGACGAUUGUUGGUUGGUACUUUUGUGGCACUCUUUUUCAACUUGUUUACAAUGCUUUCCAUUCGGAAUAAGCCUUUUGCUUAUGUGUCUGAAGCUGCUAGUACGAGUUGGCUUCAGGAGCAUGUUGCAGAUCUCAGCAGAAGUCUAUGUGGAAUCAUUCCAGGGUUGAGCAGUAUCUUCCUUCCACGAAUGAAUCCUUUUGUCUUGAUUGAUCUUGCUGGUGCUUUCGCUCUUUGCAUUACGUAUAUGUUAAUUGAAAUUAACAAUUAUUUUGCCGUAGAUACAGCCUCUGCAAUAGCUAUUGCUCUGAUGACUUUUGGUACCAUGUACCCUAUGAGUGUUUACAGUGGAAAAGUACUACUUCAGACAACCCCGCCGCAUGUGAUUGGUCAGCUAGAUAAACUUCUUAGAGAGGUUUCCACUUUGGAUGGUGUCUUGGAGGUUCGAAAUGAGCAUUUCUGGACAUUGGGCUUUGGUACUUUGGCUGGAUCAGUACAUGUACGAAUUCGAAGAGAUGCUAAUGAACAAAUGGUACUUGCUCAUGUGACUAAUCGACUGUAUACUCUAGUCUCUACUUUGACUGUCCAGAUUUUCAAAGAUGAUUGGAUCAGACCUACGUUAACAUCUGGGCCUAUUGCAAACAAUAUGUUGAAUCUUUCAGAUCAUCAUAUUAUUCCAAUGCCACCUUUAAAGGCUACUGAUAAUUUGAACCCUGUUACAUCCACUCCAGCUAAACCUAGCAGCCCACCUCCAGAAUUUUCUUUUAACACACCGGGCAAAAAUGUGAACCCAGUCAUCCUUUUAAACACUCAGACAAGACCCUAUGGAUUGGGCCUUAAUCAUGGAUCUGUACCUUACAGCAAUGUAUUCAAUCAAGGACUUGGAAUUCCAGGGAUGGGAGCAACUCAAGGAUUCAGGACUGGUUUUACAAAUGUCCCAAGCAGAUAUGGAACUAGCACUCGAGGUCAACCCCAGCCAUAAUAAACUCUAUUAUGCGUUAUUUAUUGUACAUAAGGAUAUUGAUUUUUUUUUAAUUGCCCAGUUUUUGUAAACCAUUAGACCAUUCUGAAUUACUGGGAUCAAUUGUAUUGUUUAUAUUCAUUAAACGGUUAAAUUGCAUUUCCACUUUUUUAUGUUAGUAUAUAUGAUGCAACAAAUUCUUGACAGACUGGUGAACUUGCAAAUAGUUCUUACAGCUACUGAAUUUAUUCACAUGCAGAUUUUCUAUUCACUUUUCUUUUUCCUCCAAUAAUGUGCUUAAGUAUAACAUGAACAUAGUUUCAUGAGAGAGCAAAAUUGUGAAGGCGAAGCAUCCUCCAUUCUUUUCAACUGCGAAUUGUUUCUGAAUUGUUUUACUGAAUGAUUGUGCAACGGCAGUGAUUCAUCUGUUCUGCCCCAGUUCUCAUUUUUUUUCUUAAAAAUUAUGAUCACUGUUUGAUCAAUCUUUGGCAAAGUCACAGUUAGAUUUUCCUUGGUUGGAAAAGUCUUUUUUCUCAAUACACAUUUUACUGGCCAGUAUAAGGACAAACUAAGACUUUUAAAUUUCUUAUUGACAUUAAGGAAUCAUUUAUUAUAUAAUUGUAUUUCUUGUUGAUUUUAUUGAGGUACAAAGUGUUCAUCAACUGUUUUCUUGUAACUGUUUCAUACUCAUAUUUGUAUUUUUUUAUUUUAAUUGCAAAAUUACAUGACAAUAUACUGGGAAAUAAAAUAUUAGAAAUUCCA